AUGGACCUCGAUUCAGAUGUGCCCCACAUUCCAGACUACCGGUUGUCGGAAAAAGAGUUUCUUCUUUCCCAGACUGUUGAUGCUGGCGUGAGAGCUUCCAUUUUCCACGAUUUAACAGAGGCCAUAACCAAAGAUGAUUUGGCACCAUACUAUCUCCAUUUACAUACUGAGUAUGAAGAUUUCCCGUAUGAUGAAAAGGUUUACCAAGAAUUGGCAGCAAAAAACGAAGCCAUUGCUGGCGACUUGAAGCUGAAGCUCAAGGAAGUUGAAGGUGAAGACGAAACAGAGUUGGACAUCUUGGCUACGACGAUCCAAUUGGCUGAACACUACACGCGUAUUGUAGAUAGAACGAACGCAUCUGAGACGUUGAAGAAGGCAUUGGACUUGUCGCAAGGUACUGGCUCGAAGAUCGAUCUUCUCUUGACUUUGACGCGACUCGAAUUUUUCUUCAAUGACUAUGUGUUAGUCUCAAAGUAUUUGGACCAGAUCAAGACGUUGAUCGAUAAGGGAGGAGACUGGGAACGUCGUAACAGAUUCAAGACGUACCAGGGUAUCUACUUAUUGGCGACACGUAACUUUGCCGAAGCUGCCAAGUUGUUGAUCGACUCGUUGGCAACCUUUACUUCUACCGAGCUCUGUAGUUACGAGCAAGUAGCACAAUAUGCGAUUACGGCUGGUGUUUUGUCGUUGGACAGAGUAGACUUGAAGGAAAAGAUCAUCGAUUCGCCCGAGAUUCUUCUGAUCUACUCGUCGGCUCCAGAGACGGAACCAUUGCUCAACUUGACCAACUCCUUGUACACAUGUCAGUACAACUACUUUUUCCAGUACCUCUUGGAAUCGUACGACAAGCUCCUUGUACCCAACAAGUAUUUGCACAAGCACGCCAGCUACUUCUUGCGUGAAAUGCGGUGUAAAGCAUACGGCCAGUUAUUGGAGAGCUACAAGUCUUUGUCGCUUAAGUCUAUGGCCCAAAACUUCAACAUCUCGGAAGACUUCUUGGACCAAGACUUGUGCAAGUUCAUUCCCAACAAGAAAUUGAAUUGUACUAUUGACAAGGUGAACGGCAUUAUUGAGACAAAUAGACCGGACAAUAAGAACAACCAGUACCAUUUGUUGAUCAAGCAGGGUGAUGGCUUGUUGACGAAAUUGCAGAAGUACGGUACAGCUGUGAAGUUGAGUGGGGCCGAGAGAGUAGCCUAGAUGUAAUAUAUGUUGAUAAAUGGU